AUGACAGACGGGAAUCCUCAAGACAAUGGUACUGUUUCAGUACCAACAAAUCAGAAUGAUAAUCCAUUAUUACAAAAAUUGACUCCACUGCAAUUUGACGCUAGUAUUCGGUUCUAUGAAGCUGACAAGAAGUUGAAUCCGGAAGACAGGGGAGAAGUAGCUAGCGAUUUACAGUCAAUCAUGUACAAAACUGCAUUCAUUGGUUAUGGAUCGGCUAUGGGUAACUUCUUCUUGCCUACAAUCAUCAACAGAUUUCAACAUCCUUCGUUGCCAAGCACGCCUACAAAUAAGAUAAGGCCGCUUAUUCACAAACCAUUCCUUUCGUUCUUGAUUGGAUUAACAGCAUUGCUUGUGACUAACCAACAGGUGGCAAAGUAUCAAUUCUCCCAGAAAAUAGACUCUUUGGAAGCCGAAUCAAGUAAGAAAAAUCAAUUAGAAACUUGGAAAGCAAUGGAUUACCAUCAAGCUAGCUUGUUUUUCCUCUAUUACAGGAAAACAGCUGAGAAUCCAUCAUUUGCUGUUAAGGAUCCUAGAACCUUCACGGAACAGUCAUUGCAUGAAGUACGCUACGAUCCUCCAUCAAAGGACCGUCAUUUUACGAGAGCAUUAGGAAUUGGCCACGAGGACAAUUCAGAAAAAGGUGCAAUGUCCCAUUGGGACCAGAUACGUAUUGCCAACGGAUUUACUCCUAGUCAGGCUCCAAACACUCCUGAAAAUGGUCAAGAAUCAUCACCAUCCGGUUUACCUACAGAUCCAGCCAAUGACAACACCAACUACGAACAAGAACAGGCAAAACCUGCCACUGCUUGGGAUGCAAUUAGACAACAAUCCCGUAAGCCAUAA